GACACAGGCGCAGAGACAGAAGCAGGCAGGUGAGGGCUCCGGGCUGGCCCAGCCCCGAGAAGCUCGGCUGGAGAGGGAGGGGGCGGGCCGUGUCCCCACGCCUGGACCCGGGCCCUAAGAGCCAGCCCCGCGCCCCCUGGGGCCGAGCAGCGGGAGGACGGCCGGACGCCCGGCGGAGCCAACGCACCCGGCACCGGACAGCUGGCCCCGCGCCUGUCCACGCCGGCUCCCGGGGCCGGCCCCCUCUGUCCUCCUUAUCGCGUGCUCGCCAGGAGGCGGGGGCCUCCUGCCUCCCCUGCCCGGCCCCGGUGGCCGGCAGGUCGCGGCCGGCCGGGCAGCCUCGGAGCGGGAUGGGCCGGGGCCGCGCGCUGGCCGCGCUGCUGCUGCUGCCGCUGCUGCUGCAGCCCGCGGCCGGCCUGGGCUCGGCGGGGCCCGGGGAGGCCUUCAGCGAGGACGUGCUGGGCGUGUUCGGCUCCAACCGCAGCCUGUCGGCCCCGCAGCUGGCGCGGCUGCUGGAGCGGCUGGGGGCCGGCCCGAACGCGCACCCGGGCCAGCUGCACUUCAACCAGUGCCUGUCCGCCGAGGAGAUCUUCUCCCUCCAUGGCUUCUCAAACACGAGCCUGCUGAGUAGCUCUGACUUCCCCGUGGUCUGUCCCGCCAUCCUCCAGCAGCUCAGCUUCCACCCCUGCGAUGCCCGGCCCACACUCGGCUCCAAGCCCAGCAUCUCAGAAGUCUGGGGCUAUGGCUUCCUGGCAGUCACAGUCAUCAACCUGGCAUCUCUCCUUGGGCUGAUUUUGACUCCGCUGAUCAAGAAAUCUUACUUCCCCAAGAUUUUGACCUACUUUGUGGGGCUGGCGAUCGGCACGCUGUUUUCCAAUGCGAUUUUCCAGCUCAUCCCUGAGGCCUUUGGCUUCAAUCCCAAAAUUGACAACUACAUUGAGAAGGCAGUUGCUGUGUUUGGGGGAUUUUACAUCCUUUUCUUCUUUGAAAGAGUUCUGAAGAUGUUAUUGAAGACAUAUGGCCAAAGCGACCACACCCACUUUGGAAACGAGGACUUCGGGGCACCCCAAGAGAAAACCCCACCUGCUAAGGCCCUGCCUGCCCUCAACGGGGUGACGACGUGCUACGCCAACCCAGCCGUCACAGAGCCAAACGGGGUGACAACGUGCUACGCCAAUCCGGCCGUCACGGAGCCCAAUGGACACAUCCACUUUGACAGUGUCAGCGUGGUGUCCCUCCAGUGCCGGGGGACCGACCCAGGAGGACCGCGUGCGUGCAAGGACGGGCCCCGCGCGCCCAGGUCCUCCUGCCCAUGUCUGCUGGGGCCCAAGCUGUCGGAGAUCGGCACCAUCGCCUGGAUGAUAACGCUCAGCGACGCGCUGCACAACUUCAUCGACGGCCUGGCCAUCGGCGCGUCCUGCACCGUGUCCCUGCUGCAGGGCCUCAGCACGUCCAUCGCCAUCCUGUGCGAGGAGUUUCCGCACGAGCUGGGCGACUUCGUGAUCCUGCUGAACGCGGGCAUGAGCACACGCCAGGCGCUGCUCUUCAACUUCCUCUCGGCCUGCGCCUGCUACGUGGGGCUCGCCUUCGGCAUCCUGGUGGGCAACAACUUUGAGCCCAACAUCAUAUUUGCACUCGCCGGGGGCAUGUUCCUGUAUAUUUCUCUGGCAGACAUGUUUCCAGAGAUGAAUGACAUGCUGAGGGAAAAGGUAACAGGCAGGAGAACGGACUUCACCUUCUUCAUGAUCCAGAAUGUGGGGAUGCUCACGGGCUUCACGGCGAUCCUGCUCAUCACUCUGUAUGCAGGAGACAUCGAGCUGGAGUAGGAGCAGUGGGAUCAGGUGUGGCCACAAGCGCCGAACGGGUCAAACACCUCCAACGGAUUUUUAAGCGCGUCCUUUGUAGUUCAAAUAUAAUUUUGUCUUUAACUGUAGGUCAAAAGUGGAUGAAUGGUUUCUGAUGUGUGGAGUUGGUUGCUAUUUGUUGGUUAGAAUGCUUCAAGGGGUCUUCGUUCGUCUGAAGUAUGACACUUGAGAUCUUUAGAAAUCAUGGCAAGCUGGAAAUCAUUUCGACCCCAAGGCCCAGAGAGCAAAGUGUCCGCCAAAGAUGAUGCUCGGCUGAGGGCCUCAGGGAUGAGUGGCUGUAGAGGGUUUUCUGUUUGUGGCUGCUGUGGGGCUUUCCAGAAAGAGCAAGAAUGUCCCAGUGAGGAAAAGAAUCCAAACAUCAUCUCAGGGAUGGGGGAGCCCACGACGCCCGGACCCCAGAGAGACCCACUCAUAGCUGGAUCUAUCUUAUACUUUGCUGAGGGACUUGCAGGAUAUUUCUUGAAAACCUCCCUAAAAUAAAUCGCCUUCUGAAAUCAAGUCAAGACAGAAAGUUUCUUUCCGUCUGCUAGGCGUAGCCUUUGCUCCUUUAUCUGCAGGUGUGACUUCCCUGACUCCACAUGCUGGCAACUGCCGGGCCAUCUAGUCCCACCGGGAGCAAGUCUCGGAGCGUGUGCUUGGAAGGGAGGAGUCGGUCACGUGUGCACACAAAUGCAGUAUAGUUCUAAGCAAUUUCCUCAGAGGUGCUUUUCAGAAAAUAGUCUGCAAAGAAUAUUUUCAGUUAAUGCAAAACUGGCUCAAUGGCUCUAUAUCUAUUAGCUCAAAAAUGUAGGUGCCUCCCAGGGGAUUGAGAGCCUUUUGGAGUGGACUUCUCUCCCUUGUCUACAUUUUCCCUCUCUCCUCUACACUGGGAAAGCACUGAGCAUACUGGGUAUUUUUUUUUUUUUACCCUUUGUAAAAGAUGGAGUCUGUUUUACCCAGCUAGCAGAUGUAAGAAAUUGGUCUAAAAUUGAACAUCUUUGGGCUGGAGAGAUAGCACAGUGGGUAGGGCAUUUGCCUUGCACACGGCCGACCCGGGUUCUAUUCCCAGCAUCCCAUAUGGUCCCCUGAGCACCGCCAGGAGUAACUCCUGAGAGCAGAGCCAGGAGUAACCCCUGUGCAUCGCCAGGUGUGACCCAAAAAGCAAAAUAAAUAAAAUUGAACAUCUUAAUUGUAAUUCACACUUCCAAGAUACUUACAGAUGAUUUGACAGGAAAAUGAUUGAUUAAAAACUAAGAACUUCAGGAAUUACAUUUUCCUACAGAACAUAAAAAUAUCAAACUAAUAAUGCAGAUUGGAUGGAUGAAUGUUUAACAUGGAUUGAUAAAUAUAUAUUAAUCUUAUACUGGACAGAUAAACGUGUUUGUUUAACCCCAAAAAGCACCUUUGAAGUCACAUAUUGCAUUAGCUAUUACGAAUUUGUGUUUUUGGAAUAACUAAUGUAUCUGGUGUUAUGGGGAGAGAAAUAAAUGGGGGUUGGGAGAUAAGCAUUCUUCAUUAAAACCAAUAAACAUAGUAUGUUUUUAUC